AUGCCCGUACAGAUGAGGUAUCGGUCGGCAUGGAUGUGGCUACUAGUCGUGGUGUCUGGCACUGCUAUGGCCCAGAUUUGUACCCCAGAACGCGGAUACGAAGGGUACACGUACAUCGUCUAUGACCAAUCGGACGUGGACGAGAUUACAGCAAAGUGUACGACUGUAAACGGGAGCAUCGCGAUGGCGUAUAACUACACCGGGGGCUUCCACCUCCCCAACAUACGAAACGUCACACGUAGCAUUGACUGGGUUCAAAGCGGCCAUUUUGGCAGUUUUCCGAACACGACGUCUGUCGAUUUACCCGAUCUCGAGUUUCUAGGUGGAAGUCUGGGGCUGUACAGUCUUCCGACUUUGCAGAGCGUUACUGCACCGAAACUGGAGACCGUGGGUUGGUCUACGGAAAUUGGUUAUGCCCGGGAGGUGGAUCUGCGGUCGCUGGUCGAAUCGGAGUACUUGCAGGUCAGAGGGAAUGUUUCAACCUUACGCCUCGACUCCUUGCGACAAGUCCGUCAGCGUAUGCUGAUCUGUAACUGGGAUGAGUGCGAUCCAGAGAAAUCACCCCAUGGCUCGUUGGAUCUUUCCCUCCCUGCACUGCAUGAUGUGGGCCAUCUCCUAUUGAAGGGGAGGUUCUCGAGUUUGGGCACACCGAAACUCACGAAUAUCACGGGGGUUGGGCCAGGCUUCUAUGGUAUUCAGGUCCUCACAGCGGGAGGACCGCCGAUUGACCUCUCCUUCCCUGAGCUUAAAUACAUCCGAUAUGCGAGUCUCUUCCUGGAGGGUAACAUUGCAAGUAUAUCGAUACCGAGCAUAAGGAAUUUGACUGUCUGGCUUACGGUAAAUGCCUACGACGGGCUUGACAUUAACCUGCCUUUCGAGGAGGCAGAUACCAUUACGUUGUCGGGCAACAUCUCGAGUGUCCAAUUUCCGAACUUAAAGUCUGUCGAUACGUUACAGGUUAACACGGUUGCCUCCCUCGACUGCGAAGCCUUUGAGGAGACAAUCAGGACAGCGACAAAUACGUCGAAGUAUCAGGUGAAUUGUAGGGCGAAGAAUUCAUCCUCGCGUCUUGGGCUUAACCUUGGCGCUGAAAUCGCGUUUGCCAGCGCUGUAGGUGUUGUUUUUGGGCUGGCCAUGUCGUACUAG